GUUCAUUCUCGUGGUCAGACUGGACUGCUGCGAGGAGCUGCUUCACUCCACAGCUGGAUUUACUCUCAUCAACAACAUCCUUCGGGUGCAUCAUCAUCAUCGCAGCAGCAAUGGACGCUCUCACAUUCUGAGUUACAGAUUAUCUGUGUGUGGUGAGCGCCCCCUGCUGAAGGCAAUUCUGGCAUGAGCGCGUGCGGGAGGAAGGCUCUGACCCUGCUCAGCAGUGUGUUUGCAGUAUGCAGUCUGGGGCUGCUGGGUAUCGCCGUCAGCACUGACUACUGGCUCUAUCUGGAGGAGGGCGUCAUCCUGCCUCUGAACCAGAGCGCUGACAUACGCAUGUCCAUCCACUCUGGCCUCUGGAGAGUCUGUUUUCUGGCAGGUGAAGAGAGAGGGCGUUGCUUCACCAUCGAGUAUGUGAUGCCCAUGAGCGUUCAGCUGACCAGUGAGUCUACUGUCAGUGUCCUGAAGAUGAUUCGUUCGGCCACACCGUUCCCCCUGGUCAGUUUGUUCUUUAUGUUCAUUGGUUUUGUGCUCAACAAUAUCGGACACAUUCGGCCCCAUCGCACCAUACUGGCGUUUGUCUCUGGAAUCUUCUUCAUCCUGUCAGGUCUGUCUCUGGUGGUUGGUUUGGUGCUCUACAUCUCCAGCAUAAAUGACGAGAUGUUCAGCAGGACCAAGAGUAAUGAGGCAUAUUUCAGCUAUAAGUACGGCUGGUCAUUUGCGUUCGCUGCCAUUUCCUUCCUGCUCACUGAGAGUGCAGGUGUGAUGUCCGUCUACCUGUUCAUGAAGCGUUACACAGCGGAGGAAAUCUACCAGCCUCACCCCAGCUUCUACCGGCCGCGCUUGAGCAACUGCUCUGAUUACUCGGGUCAGUUCCUUCACCCCGACGCCUGGACGCGAGGACGCAGCCCAUCAGACAUCUCCAGCGACACCUCGCUCCAGAUGAAUGCCAGCUACCCUGCCCUGCUCAAGUGCCCUGACUACGACCAGGUGUCCUCCUCUCCCUGCUAAAGUUCAGUGUCCGGUGUCAGAACUGGGUUUGAAACAUAUACGCAGUAUAGUAUUCUUCUCUGGAGUGAUUCACACAACUGCUAAGAUGAAUAAUCAUUGAAGUUUAAAGUGCCCCUAUUAUGGAUUUUUUGAAAAUUACAUUUUCAUGCAGUG